AUGCAAUAAAUAAAAGGACUGUUCACAAAUUUGUUAGAAAAUUUUGAAUAAAUGAUAUCAAAUAUAGAUGGGUAUUAUAUAUUAUAUAUUACUAAGUCUUCAAAUAGAAAUCAUCAAAUAACUUCUCGAAGAAACAUUAGAGUAAAUGUAUGAAAUUAAUACUCAACUGAAGGAAUCAAAUCAUCCAACUCCUGAAAAAACAUCUGUUUCAAGAGCUACUUAAUAGAAAAUUUAAGAUUAAUAAACUGCUUUGCUUCAUUAAGAGAAUGAAAUAGGUCAACUCAAGUCAGAAAUAUCAUAACUUAAGAAUAAAAUUGUGCUGUUAAAUAAUUAAUUAAAAGAUUAAGAUAUAUGUAUAUUUAAUUCAUUUAAUAUUUAGAAUACUAUGAACUUUAAGAAUUAACAAAGAAACAAUAAGAUAAGAGUUCUCAUGAGUCUAAAAAUAUGAAAUAAUUCUAUCUAGAGAUUGCUUAAUUAAAAUAAACAAUUAAGUAAUAAGAUGAUCAAUUGCAAUUGCUUAUCAAUUAGAAUAAAAAUUUAGAAGAUGGUAUACUAACCAUAUAUUUUAGAAACUUAGUAAACAAAGCAAAAUUUAUUAAUUUAAUUGGAGAAUAAGGGUCAAGAAUUAGAAAUUAAUCAUUAGUAAUAUUUAUAAAUGGAAAAAAAAUAUUCAACAGAAAUUUUGUUUUUAACUUAAUAAAAUUAAGAAUUAUAACUUUUGGAUUAAUAAUAUAAAGAUUAAUUCUUAAAAUAAUAAGAAGAAUUUGAGAGAUUCUAAAAUUUGUUUAAAGAAAUUUAAAACUAAAACUAAUUAAAAUAAUUAAAUAAUGAUUAGUUAAUUUAAUUACAAAUUGAAUUUGAAGAAUAUUAAAAUAAAGCUGAAGAAGAAUUAUUAGCAUAAAAAUAAUUAAUUAAAGAACUUAAUACAACUAUUAAUUAAAAAAAUUAAGAGAUUAUUUUAUAAAUAUCCUAAAUUAAAGAUUUAUAGUAAUAAAUUGAUAAUAAAGAUCAGGAUUAAUUUUAAGUUAUAAAAGAAAAAAAUUCAUAUUAAUUAACUUUAAAAUCAAUGGAAUAACGAUUUAAAAAAUAAUUAGAAGACUAUUAAGAUGAAUUUGAAAAUUUAAAGUAAUUGAUUGAAGAAUAAACAGAAAUGAAUAAAUAAAAUUAAGUUAAAUAUUAAGAACAGGAAGAAUUAGCUAAUAAUUAAAAAUAAAUAAUUGAGGAUUAUAUUGAAUAAAUUUAGAAUCAUUAAUAAGAAAAGAAAAAAUACAAUAGAGAAAUCGAAAAAAUGAAAAUUAUAAAUGAAGGUUUACAAGAUUAAAUAGAUUAAGUCAACAAUUCAAAUCUGGCUGCUAUUGAAACAUCAAACAAAGAGUUAAGAUAUUAGAAAAGCCUUGUAAAAUAAUUAGAAUAAGAAGUGAUUUAAUUAACAUCAACAGUAAAAGCUUAAGAACUUUAAGUCUAAGAUUUAUAGGAAUAAUUAGCCUAAACAAAUAUAAUUUAAUAAUCAAAAGAUUUAUAAUUCAGAGAGUUAUAAUAAGAAAAGUAAUCACUUGAUAGAUAAUUUUAUUAAAUUGAAUAUAAUUAUUAAGAAGAAAUAAAAAAUUUAGAACUAAAAAUUAAUUAAUUGUCAGAUAACAAGAGAAGAUAAUAAUAAUAAAUUGAAACUUAAAAUUCAUAAAUUAAAUCCUUAUAAAAUGAGAAUUCUGAUUUAUAAGAAUAACUAAAUCAAUUAAAUUAAAAUAUAGUUUAGAUGGAGAUUUUAGAAUAGUAGUAAUAAUAAAGUAUAUAAUUCUAACAUGAGAAGAUUAAUAGAUUAGAAACACAAGUUAAAAUGUAUAAAUAAUAAGUAAAUAUUGAUUAAAUAUUAGUUAUAAAAUUAAAAACCAAUAUCACAUUCUUUUAGAGAUUCAUAUAAGACUCCUGAAAAAGAUAUGUUAGAAAACUAUGAAUAAAGAUUGUAAAUGAAAUAAAAAGAGAUUGCUAAGCUUUAAGAUAUGUAUUAACAAGUUAUAGAAUAAAAUGAAUUACUUUAAAGUUUUACUGAAAAAAAAAAUUAUAAAAAAAAGGAUUAAGAAUUUGAUAAAGAAUUCAGUUCAUAAAUUGAAAGUAUAUUGGAAUCAGAUGUAAUUGAAAAUCCAGAAUAAGAAAGAGUUAAAUUACAAACUAUUAUAAAAAACAUUCAAAAGAAAACAUAAAAAAAUUGA